AUGGAAGAAAACGGCCUGAACUGUUCUCUGGAACUAGAGAGUUAUGCUUACAAUGAAAAUGACCUCAUGCUCUACUGGUAGAAUAGGAAUGAUUCAUUAAGGACAAAUGAGAUUGUAGCCUCACAGAUUUUUAUUGAAGAAUUCCACCCUUCCUAUGGGCUAAUUUUUUACAACAGUACUGGCUGGUAUAACAGACUCUGCAUAAACUUCAUCCUCAGGAGACACAUCUUCUUGUUCAUGCAGCAGACAUACUUCCCCACCAUGCUCAUGGUCAUGCUCUCCUGGGUCUCCUUCUGCGCCGUCCCUGCCCGAGUUUCUCUAGGUAUCACCAAUGUGUUGACCAUGUCCACCAUAAUCACUGGUGUUUCAGCUUCUAUGCCUCAGGUUAGUGAGAUCAAGGCUGAAAACAUAUUUGUUUAGUCAAGCCUUUUGUGAAUAGUUUUCUUAGGUACAGGGGCAGGUCUGGAGGGUUUCACAGGCAUAGACUCUAUGUCAAAGGUGAGAAAUGUGAAGCUGCCAGUGUCUUCUGAUACAAGGCAGGCUAUGGCAUAUGAUGGCUGUUUCCAUGACAACGAGAUUGACCUAUCACCUUUUCCUGAGCUCCCGACUACACUCAGCUCAGAAUAGGCAAUGUUGCCCAUGGACACACCUGUAGAGGCUGAGGCACCUAUUGAGGGCAUAAGGCUCUGGAGCAAGCAAUCAUUUCGGCACAACAUCAGUUUUAUAAUAAGCAAUGUUCCCUCUUACCUAUCUGCUUUUUGGCUUUUUUUUUUUGGCUAA